AUGCCGCUGCCGUAUAUUGACACACCGCGCACCGAGAUCGACGCAAAUGCUACGUACCUGACAAACGGUCUACGAAGUGCUUACCGCAACAAUUUGUCUGCCUUGGACUCGGUGGAAAAUACCUUUCUAACGCCAUCGAAAGAGGACGAUAUCAUCAAGAGCAUUGAGAAUGGGCGGCGCGCUUCCCACAGAGUCAGCUUGAACACGCCUCGAGUAUCUGGCUCAGGCGCUCGAACAACGCGCAAUGCACUGAACGAUCGGAAAAACCUGCCGUCUGCAGCGCCGGCAAAGGGCGAAUUCACGCCGAUGAUGCGGAGCGUCACGCGGAACAACUACAUUCGAAACAUGUCAGCGGUGAGAGCCAGUGCUGUUCCCAAGACUCCGGCAUACUUGAGAGAGGGCAACCGAAGCAACAUAAAUACCCCGGGGCUUCCUCAGGUAGAUAUGACUUAUAUGUCCGAAGAAGGUGCAACGGGUUCAUUAGGCAUCGAUGACAUUACACCUCUGCCCCAAGUCGCCAGCAGUAGUGCGCAAAGCACACCAUUGCCACAUUUAUCGCGAAAGGGGGAUGCUGGAGGGGUAUUGGGCAACGACCCAAAUAUGCUGUCGUUGAAAGAACAAGAAAAUGCAAUCAACAAACUCGACAAAGAAAAUUUUGGCUUGAAACUGAAAAUCCAUUAUAUGCAAGAGGCCCUAAAUCGUGCAGGCCCAGAGCAUAACCAAGCAGCUUUGAAGGAAAAUACCGAGCUAAAAGUGGCCAAGGUCACCCUGCAGCGGGAAAUAAGUCGCUACAAAAAAAACCUUCACUCGGCCGAACGUGAUUUAGAAGCAUAUCGACUUCAACUACAGGAGUUGAGCGAGAAGGCUAAACGGAGACAAGCGGAGGAAAGUGUGCAGCGUGAGAUGGACUGGAUGCGCGAAGAGAUUGCAACCCGAGAGACGCAAGUGACAAAUCUCCAAGAAGAAUUACGAAACGCCAAAGAGAGAGAGUCAGACGAAGCUGAUAGGCUGCGAGACGAAGUUGAGGAUCUCGAGGCAGCCCUGCGAGAAAAGGAACGCAUCAUCGACCAAAAAGACGACAUCAUCGACAAUCUCAAAGACGCAGAGAAAGAUAAUGACGCUGUUGGAGAGCUAGAAACCGAAUUGGAGCGCACCAAGAAACGCUUGGAAGAGCUCGAAAGUGAUUUGGAUCAAGCCAAGGCGGAUGCGCGAGAAGCCAAUCAAAGCCAACAACUAGCCGUGCAAGAAAAGGACAAGGCAGAGGAAAACCUCAAGGAGCUCCAGGACGAAAUGGCAAACAAAUCGUUCUCCACGAAAGGUCUCAAUCGUCAAAUUGAAGAGAAGGCUGCAGAACUUGAAGAAGAUGUCCAUCAAUUACGCCAAGAACGUGAUGAACUCAAGGAGGACUAUGCCGCCAAAGAACGUCGAGAGGAAUUUUUGGAGGACCAGCUGCAAGAGAUCCAGCGGGAGCAUGCUACUACCAUGGAAACUAUUGGUGAACAAAAUGAGAAUUUACAGCAAUGUCAAACAGAACGUGAUGAGGCAUUGAACAGACUCAGGGAAGUUCUGGACGAUCUCGACCGCAAAGCAGAUGAAAAGGAGCUCCUUCAGACCCGUCACAGUGCUUUGACAGAUGAAUCCGCUGGGCUGCAGCGAGAACUAGCUAACGCACAAUCUUUGAUUCGUCGGCUCGAGGAAGACAUUGACGAUGAGAAACAGCGCAGUCUUAACAACAACCACGACCUUCGAGCACAACAGAAAGAAGAAGUGGAGCGCUUACAAGAGGAGAUCGAAUCUUUACAGCAGGAGAUUGAAGAUAAGGAAGGUGAAUUUGCACUUGAGCACGAUCGAUGGGAGAGUGCAAGACGAACUCUCCAGUCCCAGAAAGAACGGCUCGAGGAGCAAGCUGCAGGACAUCAACGCCUGAUUCAGCAGCUCCAGGAUGUUGAGAUAACGGCUUCUGGUCGUGAAACAAAGCUACAGGAAAUUUUCGACACUGAAAACAACCGACACUUGCAAGAAGAAGCUGUUCUUAGCCGCCAAGUCAAGGAUAUGGAUGAAGACAUCAUUUCUAAGAGGCAAAUUAUCAGCGACCAACGAAGCGAGCUGCUUACAAUUCGGGAAGAGCUUCGGGUAAGCCGACGAGAAGAGGAGACCUUGAAGGACAGGAUAAAAGCUUUGGAAGAUGAAGUUACGAUCCUUCAAGCAAGCUUGCGAGAAGAGAAGGAGUAUUCCAAAGGACGUGCUCUCAGGGGUGUGUCUGACCAGGAAAAUCAAUUGCAAAAGGUCCUCAGCGAGCGUCAAGGGCUUCGAGAUCAGUUGGCAAACGCAAAUGUUGAGCUACACAACCUUCGCACAUCGACCACGGAAGUCGAAGCCGAACGUGAUAUGCUCCAGAAAGAAAUCGACCGUAUCGGAAGCAAGACUACUGGAGACAAGCACUUUGACCAGGAAAAGAUCGAACUUCGCAAGGCCAAGCUUCGGCUCGAAAAUGAACUCCAGCGACUCAAUGAUGAAAAGAAAUCCUUGGCAGAAGCACGAGACUCGCUCGAGAAUGCACUGAAUGCGGAAAUUGAACGAUCGACCGCAGAGGAGAACAGACUCGCAACCGAAAUCGCCCAAUUACAGGAUAGACUACAUGCCCAAUCCGGUACACGAGAUCGAGAGUUAACACUAGCAAGAAGCAAAGUUCAAAACUUGGAGAAACGGUUGUCUGAGCUUGAAAAUUCGCUAGAGCAACAGCAGCCGGCCAAUGCAGAUGCUUCGACUGCCGAGAUUUCAAUACUUCGUCAGAACCUUGACGAGUCCCGCAAACGAGAAAAGGCCUUGGUUGAACGUGAAACAGACUACAGAAAGUCGGCGCGUGAGCAAAGGGCCAGAAUUUCGGAACUGGAACAGGAGCUUCAUGAAGCUCAGAUGAAAAAGCUCGACCUUCGAUCCCCCGAAAAGUCACCAUCCGGUAAACUACAAGACGAACUACGAUUAUUACGCAAGAAAUUGGCAGAGGCGCAAAAACACACCAACGACCUCAAGAUUAAAAACCGGGAAUUAGAGCGGGGAGGUGGCCAGGAUGAGGAGCGUAGGGAUCUUCAUGAACUGUUGAGGUCAUCAACAAUAGAAGCAGAGACGCUAGCGCUGAAGCUUUCUGACCAAGAUGCCCGGGUUAUUGACCUUAAGGCGACCCUGCAAAGAAUUCGUGAAGAGCGCGCUUCUGCUAUCAAGGAGGCGAGCAAGGCCCAUCAGAAAAUUGAGAUUUUGCAGGACCGCUACGAGAAAAUCCAGGAUGACAUGGCUGCUAAGCCAGACCAUAAGGGCCGGCAUGAAAAGGAACUUCGGGGGCUCGGCAAGGAAAUUGUCUGGCUCAAAGCCAGGCUUAAGCGAGAAGAGAAGUUCCGCAGGGAUCUUGCAUGGAGUAAAGGACUAAUGGAGCUCGGCGAGCGGGUCCGGGUUGCUUGUAACGAGGCUGAUCUCCGCAUGAUCGCCCAAAUGGGCAUCAAAGCUCCCGAGUCAAGUAAACUGCAUGACGCCCGCCGUAAAUUCAAAACGGCAGGUCUUUUGGUUGUGGCAACCAUCCGAAUGCAACGUAUGAGUCAAGAGUGGUGUAAGACGCGUAAAAUCGGCGAAGGCCUUCAACGCGCCAAGACAGAAUUGUUGCGAAGGCGAGACAGUCAACGAUCAGGUAAAUCGAGGUGA